ACACAUUCCUCUCAGACACCAUGAUUCAAAUUCAAUGGCUUCUUCCUCCUCAACCACUCACUUCUCCACUCUCCCACCACCACCGGACUCUCCUAAUCCCCCAACGCCGCCGCUCUCCGCCGCACCACCACUCCUCUACUCUCACCACCACCAGUUUUCCAAAAAAAUACUUUACAUUUCGACCGUGUAAUUGUACUAUUUCUAAUAAUGUUACUGAAGAUUCAAAAGAAGCUGUUAAAGUUAGGGCAUACCCAUUUCACGAAAUUGAACACAAGUGGCAGAAAUUCUGGGACCAGAAUCGGACUUUCCGUACACCUGAUGAUGAAAUUGAUACAUCUAAACCUAAGUAUUAUGUUCUUGAUAUGUUUCCUUAUCCAAGUGGAGCUGGUUUACAUGUGGGGCAUCCUCUAGGAUACACCGCUACUGACAUUCUUGCUAGGUUUAAACGGAUGCAAGGUUUUAACGUUCUGCAUCCGAUGGGAUGGGAUGCAUUCGGGUUGCCCGCUGAGCAAUAUGCCAUUGAGACUGGUACUCACCCAAAAAUCACAACUUUAAAGAAUAUUGACCGGUUCCGGACACAGCUUAAAUCUUUAGGCUUUUCGUAUGACUGGGAUCGCGAAAUUUCUACGACAGAACCAGAUUAUUACAAAUGGACGCAAUGGAUCUUUCUACAGCUUCUAAAAAGAGGACUCGCGUAUCAGGCCGAGGUACCGGUUAACUGGUGCCCCGCUCUCGGAACCGUGUUGGCAAACGAGGAAGUGGUGGAUGGUGUGAGUGAGCGUGGCGGUCAUCCUGUCAUACGAAAGCCGAUGAAGCAAUGGAUGCUCAAGAUAACUGCAUACGCAGACCGUCUUCUAGAAGAUUUAGAGGAUCUUGAUUGGCCUGAGAGCAUCAAAGAAAUGCAAAGAAAUUGGAUCGGAAAAUCACAAGGGGCCGAAGUGGAUUUUCGUGUUUUGAGUAGCGAUAAUCAGGAGACGGAUGCGAAAAUUACUGUUUAUACAACGAGGCCAGAUACCAUAUUUGGAGCAACUUAUUUAGUGCUAGCACCGGAGCAUCCCUUGCUGGCGUCUGUCGUCUCGGAGGCCCAACAAAAUAUUGUCGAAGAAUACAAAGAAGUUGCUUCUAGAAAGAGUGAUCUUGAGCGAACCGAGCUUCAAAAGGAAAAAUCCGGAGUUUUUAGCGGUUGCUACGCUCGAAAUCCGGUUAACGGGGAAGCUAUCCCGAUAUGGGUUGCUGAUUAUGUUUUGGGAAGCUAUGGUACUGGAGCAAUAAUGGCCGUUCCUGCUCAUGAUUCGCGUGAUCACGAGUUUGCGAAAAAAUAUUAUAUUCCUAUACAUUGGGUGGUAACCUCAGAUGAAUGUUGUGAUGAUUUUGAAAAACCGUUUUCCGGAGAAGGUGACAUCAUAAAUUCAUCAAGUUCAAAAACGGGUCUCGAUAUUAACGGGUUACGAAGUAAAGAAGCUGCAAAGGAAGUUAUUGACUGGGUCGAGAAGACUGGAAACGGGAAUAGAAAGGUGAAUUAUAAAUUGAGAGACUGGCUUUUUGCUAGACAACGAUAUUGGGGAGAACCGAUUCCUGUUGUAUUCUUGGAUGAAAGUGGUGAAACGAUUCCAAUUCCCGAAACCGAACUUCCACUUACACUUCCGGAGCUUGAUGAUUUCACGCCAACUGGCACGGGGGACCCACCGCUUUCAAAAGCAGUGUCUUGGGUUAAAACUGUUGAAUCUUCUUCGGGAAAGCCAGCUAAGCGUGAAACAAACACUAUGCCACAAUGGGCUGGUUCUUGCUGGUACUAUUUAAGAUUUAUGGAUCCUAAAAACUCAACGCAGUUGGUUGACAAGAAGAAAGAAAUGUAUUGGGGUCCGGUUGAUGUGUACGUUGGCGGUGCUGAACAUGCGGUUCUUCACUUGCUCUACUCGAGAUUUUGGCACAAGGUUCUUUAUGAUAUUGGUGUGGUGUCAACUAAAGAACCGUUUAAAUGUGUUAUAAACCAAGGGAUCAUUCUUGGAGAAGUACAAUACAUGGCUUGCAAAGAUCAAGACGGGAAUUUUGUGUCUGCUGAAUUUCUUGAUGCGUUAGGAGAGCAUAAGCAAGAAAGGAUACCCGACGAAAACGUUACCAAAUCCGGUAAUUCAUUUGUAUUGAAAGACGAUCCUAGUAUCCGGUUGAUUGCUCGGGCCCACAAAAUGAGUAAAAGUAGGGGCAACGUCGUUAAUCCUGAUGAUGUUGUAGAAGAAUACGGCGCAGAUUCUCUUAGACUAUACGAAAUGUUCAUGGGCCCAUUAAGGGACUCAAAAACAUGGAAUACCAGUGGCAUUGAAGGCGUACAUCGGUUUUUAGGCCGAUCUUGGAGGUUGAUUGUCGGUUCACCGUUAUCUAAUGGAACAUAUGAAAAUCAAACAGUGACGGUUGAUGAAAACCCGUCGCUAGAACAACUUAAAGCUUUACAUAGAUGUAUAGACAAGGUGACCGAUGAAAUUGAAGCAACACGGUUCAAUACCGGGAUAUCUGCAAUGAUGGAGUUCAUUAAUUCUGCAUAUAAGUGGGAUAAAUUACCAAAAUCAAUUAUCGAACCAUUCGUAUUAUUACUCUCUCCAUACGCACCGCACAUGGCCGAGGAGCUCUGGUUUAGAUUAGGACACACGACUUCAUUGGCGUACGAGCCUUUCCCGAAGGCAAAUCCUGCUUAUUUACAAGACACCACCAUCACACUACCGGUUCAAAUCAAUGGCAAAACAAGAGGCACCGUACAAGUUGAAGUAUCAUGCACGGAAGAUGAUGCUUUCAAACUGGCUUCACUUGAUCAAAAACUAUCUAAAUAUCUUGACGGUAAAGCCGUAAAGAAAAGAGUUUAUGUUCCUGGAAAGAUUUUGAACGUCAUUUUGGAGCGCGAAAACACUAAAGUUGGUUCGCGAUAAUCUUCUUUGUUACGGGUAUAAAUUGAGAUUCAUUUUGUUUGUUAGUGUAUGUAGCGCACGAUUUGAUCGUGUUUUGCGAUAAACACCAAGUUGAGAACCUUGAAUACACCUAGACACGAAUACGCCUUUUCAUCUUUUUGUCUUAUUUGGAUUCUUUCGCCAUAUGUACAUUAGCAAUAAGAUAUUAUGUACUCCAUUAUUUUGUAUUA